AUGCGCUUCGCACUCCCUACUCUUGCCCUUGUGACGGUAGCCUCUGCUGCUCCCCAGGUGCCCGACAAGCCCGUCAACUUCUACGCACGCCUCUUCCGCGAGUCCGACGACUGCACGACGGGCACCACCUCUGCCUACGUCGGCUCUCGUGGCGCAUGCGUCAAUAUUUCCGUCCCUGGCAGUGGCUCUGCCCUUGUGGUGGUCGGCGAGGCCGCCAAAUACUACCUCGCUGGGUGGACUGGCCCUGACUGCACAGGCGCGGUCGUGCUGGUGGAGACGAACCCGGGCGUCUGCACUUCGCUGGGAGGAACGGACGUCCAGAGCUGGUCCAAUGACCUGAGGGUGUUUGGUUGA